AUGACGGCGUAUUUGGUUCUGGUAAUGUUUAUGAUGUAUGGUGGUAUUGGCGCAGUGUUUGCAGAACUGACUUCAGAUGUUCGGUGGACAGACGAACAGAAACUGUUGUAUUAUUUGCGUAGAAACUACGACUCUGCAGUCAGACCGGUGUUUAAUGCCUCACACCCAAUUGUUGUCAGACUUGGGAUCACACUGGCUCAAGUACUCGAUGUGGAUGAAAAGAAUCAAAUCAUCACACUAAGUGUUUGGCUAGAUCAGGAAUGGUACGACGAAAAGCUUACGUGGAACAAAUCCCUAUUUGCGAAUAUAACAAUACUGAGAAUACCGUGCGACUUAGUAUGGCUUCCAGACAUUAUAUUGUACAACAGUGUUGAUAAUCACCAUAAAGGAUACAUGAGAAGCUUGGUCAUGGUUCAAGAGAACGGGAACGUUUUCUGGCCACCAAUAGUACGUAUGCGAAGUUCGUGUAAGAUGGAUAUAACCUAUUUUCCCUUUGACGACCAAGUGUGUAAGCUUAAACUUGGAUCCUGGGCGUACGACGGCUUUCAGUUGGAUGUAGUAAAGAGAACAAUGGAAGUGGACACUGAAAAUUACGUGGACAAUGGUGAAUGGGUACUGAUUGACACACAGGUUACGCGUAACGUCGUGUACUACGCCUGUUGUCCAGAGCCAUUUCCAGACAUUACAUUCUACAUCCAUAUUCGACGGCGCGUCUUGUACUAUAUGUUCAACGUCAUAGUUCCGUGCGUUCUGCUUUCCAGUUUGUCGCUGACCGGAUUCUUGUUACCCUCGGAUUCAGGCGAGAAAGUCACUCUGGGACUCACUGUUCUGUUAGCAUUCUCGGUCUUCAUGCUUCUAGUGGCAGAAAAUAUGCCGCCAACAUCAGAAUAUGUACCACUGAUAGGUAUCUACCUCACUGUUAUCAUGGCGAUGAGCGCCAUCUCUGUGGCCCUGGCGGUGUUCGUCCUCAGCUGUCACCACAGAGGUACGGUUGUGAAGCUGCCGCCCAGACCGGUCAGAAUACUGGCGUCAGUUAUAGGACGGCUGCUCUGCAUGAAGCUGUUUUAUAUCGACACAAACCAGGCAUCCGCACUGCCGAGUCAUCUCAUUGAUUCGCACAGACUCACCACUGACGUUACCGAGAUCGAAAUCAGUGCGUUUAUGUAUUCCACGCCAACCUUCAAGAGUACUAUUGAAGCGAUGAAGGUGAAUGGCAGUUUGCAGAAAGACACUGUGGUUCAUCUGAGGACGAUUAUCGACGAUUAUCAGAAGAGUCAGUUUGAUCGAAACGUUGUGCUACAAUGGCGGGAAAUCGCCCAGGUCAUGGACAGGUGUUUUUUCGUUUUAUUCCUCACCAUCACUCUUGCUUCCAGUGUCGUCCUUCUCAUAGUUCGUCCAAUGACAAAGGCAACCAGAAUAGCGGAGAUGUGAGAAUCACGCCAAACACGCGUUCGUAACUGCCAGAAGAAGAUUAAAAAGAACAUGAACAGGAACAUGAACUAUGUGGUAACACAUGGACUCGUCUGGAUAAGUGAUUUUAGAAACAGUUUAAAGCAGAUUGUUUUUCACAUUUACCAAUAAACCUUUCUAGGAUUAAAUAAAUUUAGAUUUUUUUUUACAACAUUUUCAUCGUGAUUUUUUAAUCAUCUUUAUUAUUGGGUUUUUUUUUUUUAAAUGACAAUAAUAAUCGUAG